UAGAACCGUCAAGGCACUAUAGAAAAGAGCCAGCAGAGAACAUGCGCUGCAUGUAAUGUUUACAAUUCUCAGUGCAUGCCGGCCGGAGCGGCCUUGUCCCCAUUCACUGUUGGUUGAUUGACAGUUCUCGCUUGCGUGUCCGUUACGAUCUCAACGCAGAGGGAGGCAUACAAUUUUAUUUUCAAAUCGGGAUGUCACAGUAAUUUGGGAAAUCGUCUAGUAGACGAGUUCUAAUAUAAUCACAUUUUCAUACCUACUAACAACUUUUCAUUCAAAAUAAAGAUGAUUUCUAGGGUUUCUUAGAACAAGUACAUAAACUCAUAAACAUAAUUCAUCUUAAUUUGAGAAUUUUUUAAAUCAGCUUCUCACAAUGUUAAACGAUCCCUUUAAGCAUGCUUAUCUCGUUUAUGGAAUACGGGCCCUGGCCCUGUGCGUGCAAGGCUUAGCUGUACUGUAGCUGUGGAGUGUUGGAAGUUGCUGUUCAAUUCAUCUCAACUAUGGCUGGAAGGAUAGGUUUACGCAGAUAUUCUUUCCUUCUAGGUUUAAGUCAGAGGAUAAGUUACCAAGAUAGAGUGAGACAGCUGCGAAAUUCCUGGAAGGUAUCAAGAUUAUGGCAGGUAUGUGCUCGUCAUUCAACAAAGCUGAAACUUGGAUCAUUCUUCACAACAUCUCUUACUGUUUCUCGAGGCUUCAGUCUCUGGUCUGGUAAACCAAAAGAGACGGUGCCAGUUGCAGAGCCUGUCUCUAUCUCUCCUGACGUUGCAGCAGCAGAAGAAGCUGACCGACUGUAUGAUGCCAACAAGUCCACUGAGCUGUACGAUCAUCUUGUGCGCUUCAAGGACACUACAAAUGAUGAGCUUCUAUGGCGUCUUGCGAGGGCUUGCCGCUGUGUGGCCCAGCUAUCUAGCACCAGUAAAGAGGACAAAAAGAGACUGACCUACGAAUCCCUGGACUUUGCCCAGAGGGCUCUGAAGGCAAAUGACAACAAUUUUGCAAGCCAUAAGUGGUAUGCUAUUUGCUUGAGUGAAGUAGGAGACUACGAAGGAAUGAAGCAGAAGAUUCUGAAUGCAUUUGUCAUCAAGGAUCAUUUCCUGCGAGCCAUUGAAUUGAACCCACAGGAUGCCACAUCUGUUCAUUUGUUAGGUCUGUGGUAUUUCACAUUUGCCGAUAUGGCAUGGUAUCAGAGGAAAAUAGCUUCAGCUGUCUUUGCCUCACCUCCGACAGGAACUUAUGAAGAGGCUCUGAGAAUGUUCCUUUCUGCAGAGAAAGUUUCCCCAAACUUCUACAGUAAGAAUCUGUUAAUGCUUGGCAAGACGUAUCAAAAGACUGGUGACAACAAGUCGGCUCUACUCUUCUUGACCAAAGCCCGUGAUUACCCUGUCAAAACAGAAGAAGAUAAUCAGGUUAAGGAAGAGGCCAAGACAAUUCUAGCAUCCAUGGGUCACAAGUAACCAUGACAACAAUCCAUUCCACUGCCUAUAUGCCAAUUUUCUCCAAAAGUGUGAAAUAUGCACAUACAGCUCUGUACUUAAUUGACAAAAUGCAGUUGAACUGUUAAAAUGUUUAUUGUUUGUCUAUCUGGAGUGUGUUAAAAGCUUUGAUGCUGGAAUAGCAGUGUUAUUCCUCAGUGUCAGAUGUAUCUCGUGUAUACAUAAUAUAUCCAUCUCUGAAUUCACAUUGCAGUGUUGUACUAGUUUUUAAAAAGGGUAUUACAUCUGUGCAUUUGUACCUCAUCCGUGAGUGAUAUUCAGGUAUUAGUAUCGGCUAGCAUUAUUAGAGAUUAUUAUCGAAAGUUGGUGGACCGGGACAGCACAUCGUCUUAGGAUUCAGGCCGGACAAAAAAUUGCAAAUAUGUCGUUUGUCCAGAGUCCAGGAUGACGCUACUGUUUUGAUUCACCGAUUUUCGACAAAAGCUGCUUUGUCAUUAGGGCUUUUGACAAAAGAUUCUCUGAGUUAGAGGUGCAUCUAUCUGCAAAGUGAUUGCUAACAUGCCCCAAUAUUCCUGUAUCUGUUACCCUAUUUCUUGUAUUUAUGUAAUGUAUGUUUAUUUAUUGCUUUUAUGUGGGUACCAUCAUACUGUGUGCAAUGGAUAGAGUCUCCCUUUUGUUAUUCAAGAUAUCCUACCUUGAUUUGGAUGAUAUUAUUAUUAUUAUUAUUGAAGAUUGGCAAGACUAAAUGUUUCUUUUAAGUUUUUACUUAAAGAUAUCAAGACCAUUGUAGAAAGAGUUGCUGCUAUACACAGCUAAAACAAAUCAAGCACAAGUCCAAAAUAGGCACUUCUGAUUGGUUCUCUAAAUGAAGGUGUAUUUGAUUUUUGGAGUUGAUUGCAACUCUAUGUGCCACUGGUUUCAGGAUUUAACCCAUGAUUCGGGGGUUAUGGAAAAGUCAUAAUCAUCAUCAACAUCAAAUCAUAUGUUCAGCAUCAACAUCAUCAUCAUAAUCAUCAUCGUCAUCAUUGUCAUCAUAAUCAUCAAAAUCAUCAUCAUCAUCGUCUUCACCACCACCACCAUCAUCAUCAUCAUCAUCACCACCAACAUCAGCAGCAGCAUCAUUAUCACCAGCCCCAUCAUCAUCUUCAUCACCAUAAUCACCAUCCUCAUUCAGUAUUCCUCUCACCUCUCUCCCUGUCUACUAUCUAUGUAUUGUACAUGCCAUUCCAUAUUAUGUGACAUUUGCAGACCAAUAUAUCUUAAUGAGAUUUGAUCUCGUGUUGUGUACUUGUGUUUUUACUUUUACCCUUGUUGGUUUCAGGCUAAAUGCUGAACAGUUUUAUACUUGAAAUUAGAUUUGAAUUCAAUUUUGUAUUCUUUUUGUUCGGAAAGAUGCUGAUAUAUCCCCAUUUAUUGAUUAAUGUAUUGAAUAAAGAUAUAGUAUUUCCUGUUUUACAGGAGAACUUAACUCUUGAUUGAUAUAAAUGUGUUAAAUUUUGAAUUUCCAAAAAUUCAAUUAAACUUUGAAAUUAUGUUGUAUAUAAUUCUUCUU